AUGGCUCGCAUAUUCAUCACCGGUUCAAGCGACGGCAUCGGCCAAGCUGCCGCCAAACUCCUCACAGAACAAGGUCACAAAGUGGUUCUUCACGCCCGAAAUGCCGAACGCGCAGCCUCAACUCAAGAAGCAGUCCCCAAAGCGGAAGCAGUCCUAGUGGGCGACCUCCGAUCAAUCUCGGAAACAAAGAAACUCGCUCAAGAAGCCAACACCCUGGGAAAUGGAACAUUCGAUGCAAUCAUCCACAACGCAGGCAUUGGAUACGGCUCCACGUCUAGCCGCGAGAUUACCGCAGACAAAAUCUCAGCUGUCUUUGCCGUCAACACUCUGGCGCCGUACAUCCUGACUUGUCAGAUGAAGAAGCCCACAUCACGGCUGCUGUAUAUGAGCUCGGACAGCCAUUAUGGUGGAGAUGAGAGUUUGCGAAAUGUGACGCAGUCCCAUUCGUAUAGUGACAGCAAGCUACAUGACGUUAUGCUUGCUAACGCUUUUGCUCGACGGUGGGGUGAUGAUAUUCAGGUUGUUAGUAUGCAUCCUGGUUGGGUUAGGACUAAGAUGGGAGGUAGUAUGGCUCCUGGGGGGAUGGAUGAACCUGCCAACGCACUAGCAGAAUGGGCGAUUGGUCAAGGAAGAUUAGCUGGCUUGCCUAGUGGGACAUUCUUUACGACGCGAGGUGCGAAGUCGGCGCAUCCUGGGGCGGGUAAUGUUAGCAAGCAGGAGGAACUAUUGAAGAUUUGCAAGGAAGUUUCGGGGGUGGCUGUUUCGGGUGAGUAG